AUGGGUGAUUUGGACAAUUCGUUGCUAGUGGAAUCACUGAAGAAUUACUCCGAAAACCAAUUGAUUAAAAGUGAAAUCGAUAAUAAUCUUGCGUACUGUGCUAUUUGCAAUGUGAAUUUUGUCGACGCGAGUGAAUUCGAACAACAUAAUAUCGAAACACACGGAUUAGUUAUGAAAAAGUAUCAAUGUCUAUAUUGUAGCGCUAGAUUCCGUAGACAAGAUCAUUUAAAACGGCACGUAACCAGCCUCCACACAUCCGAACUGAACAUAUUAUUAUUAAAAUGCCCCGUUUGCGAUGAAGAGUUUCCUCGACGGGAUUUAAUGCUCAAACACUUGAAGAAAAAACAUGUAAAUGCGCAGUCAUUUGAGUGUCGAAUAUGCCUUUAUAAAACCACAUCUCUAGACGACUUAGAAACCCAUAAUAAUACAAAUCAUACUUUACAAGAAAGCCACAAGUGUUCGUACUGUAAAAAACCAUUUAAAAGAAGGGAUCACAUGCUCCGUCACAUUAAAACGCUACAUCUAAAUCAGUACACCGUCUGUCCGAUAUGCUGUCAGCACUUCAAACGUAAAGAUCACGUCGUGAGGCAUUGUCGUGAGAAACACAGUGUGGAAUUUUUGAACGGUAAAAUCGUUAAAUUACAGUAUGCAAAUGGAAUAUCACAAAGUUCUACUACAAUGACACAAAAACAAUAG